CCACGACAUGCCGACACUGAAACUCUCCCUCUUCGUCUCCCUCCCAAAACCCUUAAACCUCAGACCCCAAUUUUCGCGCCACCCAAUAAACCCAAACCCGACAACCUCGGACCGUGGCCUCGUAUUCCACGAAAAAGUGCUCUACCUUAAAGCCCUCAAAGUGAACCCCGACAAGGCCUUCCGCUUAAACCCCACCCUCCGUUCCUCUCCUCUCUCAACCCUUAAAUCGGUGACGCGCUCCCUUUCUUCAUUGGGCAUUCCACGCGCCUCCAUGGGUCGAAUCCUCGACAUGCUCCCCGUGCUCCUCACGUGCGACCCCUAUUUCCAAUUCUACCCCCUCCUCGACUUCCUCCUCCACGAGGUCCCAAUCCCCUACCACGACAUCCACCUUUCAAUCCUGCGCUGCCCUAGAUUACUCGUUUCCAGCGUUAACAACCGAUUGCGACCAACUUUACACUUUCUGAGGAAAUUAGGGUUUAAUGGGCCCCACUCGCUCACGUGUCAGACCACAUUGCUUCUCGUUUCCAGCGUGGAGGACACCCUUUUGCCCAAGAUUGAGUUUUUGAAGGGUUUGGGGUUCACUCACGAAGAGGUGGCUAACAUGGUCGUGAGGUCACCUGGGUUGUUGACUCUUAGUGUGGAGAAGAAUUUGAGGCCCAAGGUGGAGUUUUUCUUGAGGGAGAUGAAUGGGGAUGCUGCUGAGCUCAAGAGGUUUCCGCAGUAUUUUUCUUUUAGCUUGGAACGGAGGAUUAAGCCGCGGUACGGGAUGCUGAGACGGGUUGGCGUGUCGAUGGAUUUGGAAGAUAUGUUGAAGGUUAGUGAUGGCGGGUUUAAGGCUAGGUUGCUUGAUUUAAGGUUUAAGAAACUUGAGAUAGGAGUAGGACAACAUUUGUAUUAGUAGGUUACCGAGGAGUAGUUGUCGUUGUUCUUGUUGGCAAGGUUUUAUAAAUUGGUCAGCAACUGCAAUUUUGGCGGCAACCUCGAGAUCUUUUGAGGAUGCAAGCGACUGCAAUUGCAGCUGCAUUUGUUCGCAAUUUCCUGCAGUGUCAAGGAUUGCGGCAUGACUACGACUGCAAUGUGUAAGUCAAACCUUCGAUGUUGGUUUUGCUAAAAACAUGUGCAUUAGUGCAUGUCUGUUAAGUUGUGGUAGACAAAGGGAUUCUUGUGAUUCAAAGGAAAUGAGAUUUUGGUUUAUGGAAAACAAGGAGUUGGAUUUAGGUGCACUUUAGAGAGUGAUGUACAUUAUUGGAAUUGCGGAAUGAUUUUGAUGGUAAAAUAUAUGUGUAUGUAUUAUGAACUAUGGAAUUUGUAGAAUAGUAGAAUAUAAACUGCCUACUUUCUAAUCAACUAGUAUAAGUAGAUACUUUAUCCCUUGAAGUGCAUUUCUCAAUUUAGAGGAGUUAAUUCCAAAAAAAUAUGUAUCAUAAAUCCCUGGUAUUUAGUUUUUACCAAUCAAUGGAUCCAUUCCAGUUCCCCUACCCUUUGGCUGGGAAUAAAAGAACAUACGUAGUUUGUCUCCAGGUUGUUGACAAUCUGUGAUAUCAUAGACCACAUAUAAGUUGUCAAAUGUAUGCACUUUGACAGUAUUAGGCUUCCUUGAAUCAAUGGUGUAAGUUUUUGGUAAUAAGUACUGCUCGAUUUGGUUUAGUCUUUUGUUGAACUUCAAAAUCUGUCAAAACCAUUAGUAUUAGUAAUUUUGGCUCCAUCCACGGCUCUGUUAUAUUCCAUGUGUGUGCCAAUUUUGUUUGCUUGCAUGAUACUUCAAGAUUUUCUGAAUGUUACAGUGCCCAUUUUUUUUUUUCCAAGCAUUAGUUUUCUUGCUGCAGCUGUGAAAUGAUGUUGAUACCGGCUCCUGUUUUAGCUCAUUAUUGAAACACUAGUUUGAGUCAGUAAAGUUGUGUGAAAGCAACAAAGUAGUCUUGAUGCAAAUGCGCAAAAAUAGUCUCUGCCAAGAGUUUUUGAAUUCUAUGGAAUCUAAUCUCAGUAAUUGGUCUACAAAUGAGAGAAAAUAGCACUAAUGUGCAUACAAGUUUGUACCAGGUUUAAUCUUUGGCAUGGUGUAAUGAACUGAUGUCGCUGAAAGAAGUGUAGUACCCAAAAACAGGUUGCUUCAUACGGCACUCUUUCUCUGGCUCUCCUUAUCAACAACAAAAAAAAACCCGAAGGAAGUGCUUUGUCAAGGAUCAAUGCUCGAUGUCAAUAAUCUUCUAUAGGUAGCUACACUAUAUCAUUAUAAGCUCUUUCUGAGGAUUGUAACAUGGCCUAAUCUUGGAAAGUAAUAUAGUAGCUACCUACUCCUCAGCCUUUCUUCAUUGCAACUUAUCUGUUAGGCCAUUGUAAUGUACAAUGGCAUGCCUCUCGAUGUUAUUUCUGGAAACACUAUUAGGUUCAAAUGGACUUUGAUGCUAAUUUAGUGUUUGUGGUAAUUUGAAUUGGAAAAUAGUGAUUACAGAUGACUACAGUUGCAGUAAAUGGUUGGUUUGAGGUUCAGUUUAA